UAAAAUCUUCCGUGUCAUGUAGGGACUUCUCUUCCCAAGUAUAAACGAUCUUCGGUCGGUGCAAGGUGGGGCAGAGAGUGGCUUGUAAAACUUGUAAAAGUAGUUUGUAGGUCACUAUAUAGUGGAUUUUUCAGCAUACAACUGAAAAAUACGUUAACUGCAAGGCAGAGUUUUAAGACACUGGACUAACAAAUACAAGAGUCAUGGCCUCUGGGAAGAACAAGAGCCAGAGCUCUCUGGCUCUCCACAAGGUGAUCAUGGUGGGCAGCGGUGGAGUGGGAAAGUCUGCCCUUACUCUGCAGUUCAUGUACGACGAGUUUGUGGAAGACUAUGAGCCCACCAAGGCAGACAGUUACAGGAAAAAGGUGGUUCUGGAUGGUGAGGAUGUGCAGAUCGACAUCCUGGACACAGCAGGUCAGGAGGACUAUGCCGCCAUCAGAGACAACUACUUCCGUAGCGGGGAAGGAUUCCUGUUGGUUUUCUCCAUCAUAGAGCACGAGUCCUUCACAGCAAUUUCCGAAUUCAGAGACCAGAUCCUGCGGGUGAAGGAGGAGGAGAUGAUCCCACUACUAAUUGUGGGAAACAAAUCAGACCUGGAAGAUCGACGGAAGGUGUCUGCUGAAGAGGCCACAUCUAAAGCAAGCGAAUGGGGAGUUCAGUAUGUGGAGACUUCAGCCAAAACAAGAGCCAACGUUGACAAGGUCUUCUUUGAUCUCAUGAGGGAGGUUUGCAAGAAAAAGGUGUCCGAGAGUAAAGAAAAUGGGCCGAGCAGCAAGAAGAAGAAAAAGCCUUGCUGCAUACUUUAACCCCAAGGUGUCCAUUUAAAAACCAAAGAAACUGUCUGAGUGAACCAAACAGUAGCAGCUUUACACCAUAAAAUUCUGGAGUGCUGCACAGUUAAAAACAAUAAAAGCACCAGGUGAAAGGGGGGGGGGUUCUGAGUGCUCAGUGAUUUAUUUGUUUUUUUUGCCUCAAAUGUAUAGAAUCUGAAUUGUAUUUGAGGUAUUAUUGUUAUAUAAUCACUCAAAAUCUCACUUCCAGUAGAACAUAUAUGUUUGUUUUAACGUUGUCUGGGAAACCGUGGUACUUCCCCAUUUAUGCUUCCUCUUUAUGUACAUUCAUAACUUUGCCAGAAGUAUUUGAAUGAAUCACCAUAGCCUUUAAUUUGGCAUUUACUUUCUCCAUUUGCUAAACCUUCUACAGGAAUUCAUGUCGUUGAGAUCAGGGCUUGUGUAGGUCGGUCACAUUCCUUAAUUCCAAGUGAGUCCAAUAAGAAAUACAAUUAUAUAUUAUAAUUCCUUAAAUCCUUACAUUUGGGAAGUUUUGCACACCCCUAUAAAGCAUUUUACAGUGGUGGACAGCCUUCAGAUAAUCCUGCUUCAUGACAGUGGUGAGGUAAACAGUAGAUAUACUGUAUAUAGUGUUUAGAGGUUGAAAUACUUUAAAAAUAUUUAACUGGGCAACCCAGAUUUUUUCCAGCAAGCCUGUAAAAUAUAGUUAGAUUUCUUCCACUAUACAGUAUUCUGUUGGUUGAGCAGUUUCAUUACUCAGUGCUGUUAAGCCACUGCAGAUGAGAACAGACGAUUGUCAUAAUUGCAGGUUUAAAUGUCACUGCUAACAAACAUGUAUUGAACACCACUUUUUAAGGUUAUGUUUGUAGUAUUAUUUCAUUCCAGCCACUCAUUUUGUAUACCUAUUGUACAUGUAAAAUUUGUAAUCUUGUUAUACAGUAAGGGGAGUUCCUGUUUCCCUAAGUUCCCUAAUAUUCCCUAAAGAUUCAAGCUGUUGUAUUUAUGACAUUUGUGGUUGAGGGUUUUCAUUUUGAUGUAUAAAAACAAAAUGUUUAUUUGAAAUUAAAGUAAAGCACACUGA